AGUAUAGUCCUUGACCUUGAGUUGCCCCUUCAAUGCAAGGGCGUAUUAAUUUCUUUCUUAGAGCGUCAGAGAAUACUCAAAUUGUUAGUAAAUAGGUAUAUUCUAUCGUUUAUCAAACUUUUCAAAUUCGUAACGUUUAUAGCAUAAUUUUUUAGAUUAAUUUGCAUAAUAAAUUGCUUAAGAAAUAGUUGAAUAGGGAUUACUUUGGGUUAGAUCCCCUAUUUCACUAUUUUAAAAAUUGUAUACAUGCUAUUUUAACCUUUAUAACCGAUUUAAAUACGGUAAAUAAAUGUUUAUAGAUAAACAAAGAAGUGUCUCAUUUGGAAAAGAAUUUACAAGAAUACCUAUCUUAGCUUAUUGAUUAGAAAAAAAAACGAAAAUAUUCACCAUGGACGAUUCGGCUAAAGAGAAAAUGAUGUCAGAUGGUGACAGCAUUAAAGAAAAUGAACCAAAAAAGAAAUUGCGUAAUGUUAGUCAAAAAAGCACGGACAGUUCCUGUUCUUCCAAACGUAGAUCCUCUAGAAGUAGUUUGUAUAGAAGAGUAAGCUCUACAGAAACCACUGAUAAGCCUUUUGAUCGAACUGCUAGCAAAAUAUCAUCUGUGGCUAGCAAAGGCAGUUUACAAGUGACAAGAUCUGAGUAUCACGAUAACCUAAAACCAGAAUUGGCAUCGGGAAUAACCCUUAACCUCUGCGUAACAGCUUUCGUUAUAGUUUUUGGAUCUAGCUUCCUUUUUGGAUACAAUAUUGGAGCUUUGAACCAGAUCUCACCCCUUAUAAAAAGUUUCUAUAAUGAAACAUACGUGGAAAGAAAUAAUCAACCAAUAUCAGAUGCUUCCCUGACUUUUCUAUGGUCAUUAACAACUGCUCUUUUCCUUCCUGGUGGCAUGAUAGGGGCUUUUUCGGCUGGAUUUAUAGCUGAUAAAAUUGGACGAAAAAAAGCUAUCCUAUUGAGUUAUAUUUUUGCUAUUUUGGGAGCAAUUAUAUCAACUUUUCCCGUAAUAAGUAGGACCCCCGAGUUGCUGAUGGUGGGUCGAGUACUUGUGGGAGUUCACUCAGGUCUCUCCACGUCCUUAGCACCAAUGUACCUUUCGGAAAUUUGCCCUUUUAACUAUAGAGGAGCAUUCGGUACACUACAUCAACUUUUCAUUACAAUAGGUAUUUUAGCAGCUAGCAUAUUCGGAAUAGAAGGAAUAUUAGGCACAGAAAAACUUUGGCCCUAUGUUCUCAGUAUUAAUGCGAUCCCUCCACUAUUAUGCUUAGCUAUUCUCCCAUUCUUGCCAGAAAGUCCAAGAUACUUAUUAUUGAUAAAAAAUGAAAGAGAAUUGGCUUCAAAGGCUUUAAGAUUCUUUCGAAAUAGAAAAGAUAUUACAACUGACAUUGAAGAAAUGGAUACUGAGCAAUCUGAUUCAAAAAGUACUAAAACGGAAGUUUACACUUUAAAAAAGCUUUUUUUGAAUCCUGCUCUUAGGAUGCCACUGUUAAUUGCUUGUUGCUUGCAAGUUGUACAGCAAUUUUCAGGAAUUAAUGCGAUAUUCUUCUAUUCAAAUGGAAUUUUUAACGAGGCAGGUGUUUCUGCAAACCAUAUCCCUUAUGCGGUAAUUGGAACAAAUGCCGUAAAUGUCCUUAUGACAAUUAUUGCGAUACCUAUAAUGGAUAUAGCUGGUCGAAGGGCUCUUCUUCUAUAUCCAAUGAUAGUAAUGAUAUUUGAUCUUGCUAUAAUAACUGUUGCGCAAAACUUCCAGAAAAAAGCUGAAUGGCUGUCUAUAGUAGCGGUAGUUUGUGUGAUUAUUUAUGUUAUUGGUUUUGCGGUUGGUUUAGGACCAAUUCCGCAAAUGAUAGGUGCAGAACUAUUUCGACAAGGUCCUCGACCAUUGGCAAUGAGUUUAGCGGGCUUUGUCAAUUGGCUUGGCACGUUUAUCAUAGCAAUUUCGUUCGAGAGCAUACAAAAAGAAUUGAAACAUUUCACUUUCCUACUCUUCCUUGGUCUUAUGGUGUUAUUUUUGAUUUUCGUUUACUGUCUCGUUCCGGAAACUAGAAAUAAAACAUUUGAGGAAAUCGCUCAUCAAUUUGCCCCUGGAGCUAACAUCGAAGUUGAAGAAUUUCCUGAAGUUUUUGACGAAGAUCCUCUACCUGAACCCGAUCAAAGUGAAGAUCAUCGCUUAGUGAGCUUUACUGUAGGAGAAUCCAACAAAACUACAGAAUGUGCUACAAACUUGUAA